CCCCUUCUCCAACCCCUUCUUCAACCCCUUCUUCAACCCCUUCUCUAACUCCUUCUUCAGCCCCUUCUUCAACCCCUUCUUUAACCCCUUCU